AUUGUAGAAGUCGGUUCAAACACCGGUAAAACUGCAAUAUCAUUGAUUAAAGCCUGUCGCGAAGUCGCCGUUGAUAGCAAAUGUUCGCUGAUUUCCGUUGAUACGUGGACGAAAUCCAUUGACGUCAACGAGGAAGAGGAAUACUGGCAUACACUUGCGGACCACAACAAUGUUGAUCUUGGGUUCUAUGAAAUUUUCAUGAAUAAUAUCAAAUAUCAAAAAUUAACUGACGUAAUUGCGCCACUUCGUAUCCCUUCGGCACAAGGAGCGCGCGUUUUGUUCUGUUUCGGAGUCAGAGCCGACUUCAUUUAUAUUGGCGCGGGUCACGAUUACGAUUCAACGUACCAUGAUGUGGGGUUGUUUCAAAACAUUCUGAGUGACGGCGGAGUUAUGUUUGGUGGCGAUUACAAUCGCCCAGAUCUUAUCGAAGCAGUGGACGACUAUGCAGCCGAAGUUGGUGUUCCUCUUAUUGUAGCCAAUGACCGACGCACAUGGAUUUUGCAUUUUCCAUGA